AUGGGUAUAAAGGCGAAAAUUUAUUGGGACAAAGUGGUAUCCGACACGAGUAAGGUAAUACGAGAAAGGGAUAAGGUGGAUCCCGGCAGGGAUAAGGUAUAUCCCGGCAGGGAUAAGGUAUAUCCCGGCAGGGAUAAGGUAUAUCCCGGCAGGGAUAAGGUAUAUCCCGGCAGGGAUAAGGUAUAUCCCGGCAGGGAUAAGGUAUAUCCCGGCAGGGAUAAGGUAUAUUCCGGCAGGGAUAAGGUAUAUUCCGGCAGGGAUAAGGUAUAUCCCGGCAGGGAUAAGGUAUAUCCCGGCAGGGAUAAGGUAAAUCCCGGCAGGGAUAAGGUAUAUCCCGGCAGGGAUAAGGUAGCAACUAUCAAAAGAAGGCGCCAAAGCCGGGAAGACUAA